AGGCCAGAGAUAAAAGGCCUCCAUGAGUGACAAGGAAGCAAGACAUCUUCCCCGCUCCUCCAGACAGGAGACAUCCAGGCAGGACCUGAACCCUUCUCAGCAUCCUCUCUCCAGCCACCAAGGAGCCCCCAGACCCUGCCCUCCUGAAUCCAGCCCCCAGCCCUCAGAAUGUUCCUCCUGCUGACAGCGCUUCAGAUCUUGGCUGUAGCCAUGGCACAGAACCAAGGGAACAAGAUAAUUGGUGGCUACAGAUGCACCCGGCACUCCCAACCAUGGCAGGCAGCCCUACUGACAGGUCCCUGCCGUAGUUUUCUCUGUGGAGGGUCCCUGCUGUCCGAGCGAUGGGUGAUCACCGCCGCUCACUGCGCCCGUCCGAUCCUUCGAGUGGCCCUGGGCAAGCACAACAUGAGGAUUUUGGAGGUCACACAGCAGGUGCUGCGUGUGAUCCGCCAGGUGCCACACCCCCAGUACAACUCCCGGACCAUCGACAACGACCUGAUGCUGCUGGAGCUGGAGCGGCCUGCUCGGCUGGGGAGGGCAGUGAAGCCCAUCGCCAUGGCCAGCUCCUGUGCCAGCGCAGGGACGUCCUGCCUUGUGUCGGGCUGGGGCACGAUAUCCAGUCCCGUCGCCAGGUUCCCCAACUUUCUGCAAUGCGUGAACAUCAACAUCUUCUCGAAUGAGGAGUGUCAGCGGGCCUAUUCUGGAGCCAUCACCCCUGGCAUGGUCUGCGCAGGGGUCCCCCAAGGCGGGAAGGACUCUUGUCAGGGUGACUCCGGGGGACCCCUGGUGUGCGAUGGAAAGCUCCAGGGCCUCGUGUCCUGGGGGAUGGAGAACUGUGCCCAGCCUGGUUACCCCGGCGUCUAUACAAACCUGUGCAAGUACCAAAACUGGAUCCAGGAAACCAUGCAGGGCAGAUCGUAGCCGGUGUUACAGGACAGCGCCUGCCCUCAUGCUCCCCAAGACCCUGCUCUUCCCACUCCAGACCCAGGGAUCCCGGCCCCCAGCUCCCCCUCCCUCAGACCCACAAGCCCAGGCCCCCAGCAUCCUGCUCCUGACCCCAGGCUCAGAACUCCCCUUUCCCAGAGCAGUUCCUUCAGGGGUUCUCUCUGCACCCCACAACAUCCCCGUCAUUAUUCAAGGCGCCCCUAAGACACACAGAGUAGGAGCGUGAAGGCAAAGGCGCUGCACUGGCACCAUAUUCCGAAGAAGACAAUGUUCAAAACUCUUAGUGUCUGUAAAAACCAGGUAAAUACUACUAAUAAAACUUUAA